UCCCGGUCGGAGGGUCGGCAGCGCAGUGCCACGCGGACCGAGAGUGGAGGAGGACGUCGUUUUUUAGCUCCGUCGUCGCUCGUGUAUACUGUGGUCGCUUUGUCGUACUUUGAUCGUCAUGCGUUGGCUUCUGGUGGUGGCGUUGGUGUCCGUGGCGGCGUCGGGAGCGCUGGGGAGGCCGUCCUUGUCCUUCCCCGAGCCCCGCGGGAGGAGGUCGCUCGUGUCCUCGUACUUGGGGAAGCACGCGGACAAGGUGCCUGCUGUGUCACCCUCCAGCAUCGAGGAGGAGGAGGAGGGAAGUGGAGCUGUCGAUCCCCAAACCGCAGUGACGUCUGUGGUCGAGGAGAGUCUGGUCGCCCCGGCUAGCAUUGCAGAAGAGGAGGACGACGGCGACGACCCAGGCAGUGACAGCCAAGAGGACGACUCGGACGACAGCGACAAGGAAAGUCUGCUUGUGACGCGUGACGCUCAAGGAGGAGCUGCCACGGGGGAGGACGAGGACGACCACGCGCCCUCCGUGGGAACACACACGGACGCAGCAGAACCCGAGGCCCAGCCAGAACCGAAGACUGAGCCAGAACCUGAAGCGAAGUCAGAACCCGAACCAGAACCUGAGGCUGAAGCAGAACCUGAAGCCUCGCCCGAACCCGAACCUGAAGCCACAUCCGAACCUGAACCCGAGCCAAAAUCGGAGGUUCAGCUGGAACCCGAACCUGAAGCGGAACCAAAAGCUGCACCGGAGCCUGAACCCGAAAUUGCACCGGAACCAGAGCCAAAGACAGAGGCCGAAGAAAAUGCCCAAAUCAAGAAAGGCGGUGCGAAGGCGACCAAAUCAGAAUCCGCGGCAGCUCAACCUAAAUCAAUGUCUUCUCACAGAAUGGCCGUAAAUGCCAAGUCUGAAGCGGAAUCUGAAACUAAGUUGGAACUUCAGGAUGUGGCUAAACCGGAUCCUGAGACCAAGGAAGAGACAGAUGCUAAGGAUGAAACUGAAGCUGAUAAGACCAUGUUAGAAACUGAGACAGAAACAGACUCAGAGGAGACUCAAGAAACGGAGUCUACUCCAGACACCGCGACAGAAUCAGAACCCAAAGGCCAGCAAAAAACGGAAAAGAAAGCAACGGGAGAAAAUUCCAAAAUCACGUCGGAAGAAGACGAUUCUCUGCCCAACAUGGAUAACGAGUCAGAGGACAAAUCCAAAGUUUUGAAAGAACGAAACGCAGAACUCAAGACCGGUGGAGAUAACGAAGAAGAAUCAGACGCACCUGAUAUGCUCACGGAUGGGAAAGCAAGGAUGGAAACCUUUGGAGACAAUGACAUAGAAACGGCCAACAUGCAGGCAAUUCUCGAAAUGGAAAAGCAAUUCAAUGAGACAGAAGAGAGUGAAGAACAACAAGAGGAAGAACCACGAGCAACAGGUACACCUCCGAGCGUAAUCUCUGGUGAUGUAAUGGACAACAUCUACUUAAGAACUGCUGACUCAAGUGAAGAGGAGAGUGAUGGUGGUGAUAGCGAGGAGGCAGGCAGUGGAGAAAACAAAGAAGCGAUGGAUGACGACAAAGCCAUGGAUGAUGAGAAGGAUGACAACAAUGUCAUGGAAAGUGAAAAGGAAAAAGGAGAAGACGAAUCGAAGACACAAGAAAACAAUAUGGGGAAAGCAAUGCAUGCGGCGGACGAUACACCCAAAUCUGACAUGACAAACGAAAAAGAGGAAAAGGCCAACUCAGAGGAAGGAGAAGAAGAGGAGGAGGAGAGUACUGACUCCCUUGCUCAUUCUGAAGAUGAGGUACAUAAAGAAGAAAAUGUCGAGCAUAUGGAAGUAAGAGUGGGCACGAAUGUGGUGGUUGAUGAUAAAGAAUCUCCCGAAUCAGAGAUGGAAAACAAAGAGGCAGACAAUAAUGGGAUUGUCAAGACAGAACACUCUCCUAUCCACUCUCCAACUAAUCUAAUCCACUCAGAAGUGGAUCUGGAAGCCACGCGUGAAAACGAGAAGGUGAGUGAUCCCAAAGAGGAAGAUGGACAGAAAAUAGAACGAGAAAGCAACAAGCAAGAAUCAACAGUCAAGACGGAGGCCCACAGUCCUAUCCACUCUCCAACUAACUUGAUCCAUUCUGAGGUAGACCUCGAAGCCACCCUCAAGAAUGAGAAGAGUGUUUCAAAGGAAGACGGAGGAAAAGUGGAAGAGGAAGAAGGACCUACAACAGAACCAGAACACGUAAAAGAGGCAGAAGCUCCCAUGGAAUCAGAGUCAAAAACAGAAGAGCCAGAACAGAACACAGAAUCUAUGGAGCAAGUAGAGGAAUUCGCAGAACAAGAUAAGCGGUCUGAGGUUGAGUCACAGGCCCCCACAGACGCAGAAACUGAAGUACAUGAUAUUCCUAAAAUGAGCAAAGAUAAAAUGACUGCUGAUAAUAGCGUUACGGACGAGUCUCCUAAAGCAAAGUCCAUGUCCAGUGGAGGAGCCAGCAAUAGAGUAAUGGACGAUAGUGAGAUGGCUGAACCUGAGCCUAAAGCAGAGGUUGAACCAGAACCUGAACCUGAAGUUAGGGCAGAGGCCGAACCUGAGCCAAAAGCUGAGGUUGAACCUGAACCUGAACCUGAAGCAGAAGCUGAACCUGUACCAAAAACAGAGGCAGAGCCUGAACCCAUGGCUGAGACUAAACCCAAAAUGAGUCCAAAGUCCAAAAACCAGGAGGGCAAAAUUGACGUAAAAGCAGAAAGGAAACCCGAGGCAGAAUCCAAAGCAGAGACCGUUCCUGAACCCGAAGCGGAAUCCGAACCACAUGCCGAGCCAGAAACGGAAGCCCCCAAAGCCACAGCAGAAGAUGCAUCUUCAGCUCACAAGGACGAACAAACAGCCACAGAACACGAAAUGAAUGAAGAGACUCUACUCACGGCAAAGGAGACUCAGGCUGAAAAGCAGGAAAAGCCAGGAGUAGAAGACUCACCUGAGAGUGAAACGAAGGACAAGAAGACUCCUCCAGCAUCAGCAGAUGUCAACUCGCCCGAAGGACUUGGGGAACAGGAAUCACAGGAAAUGCUGACCCUGAGAGACUUGGUCCUCACGACGAUGUCCGGCCUUCCGAAUGACCCAAGGAGACCUAGAGUCACCACAGCAAAGCCACCAAAAGAGGUCAAAGUUCUUAAAGAAAAACCAACAAGUACCACGGUCUCUCCCAUUGCCGUCAAAGUCAACAGUAUGCAGUCCCACGAUGCAGAUCCCAAAGGUGAUGGUAAAGAAUAAAAUGGUUUAAUAAAAAUCUCCAAAUUAUCUAUAUGAUAAGGCUUAUCACAGAUAGAUUAUGCUGCAAUUUCAAGGGGUUCUCUUCCUCCCUAUGCUCUUGGGGGUUUGCUCAACAAAAGAUUCACAAAACAGAGUCAAAAUUAAAUGAGGGCCUAAAUGUAAUACCAAGUUUUAUUGUAUGUCUACUUUUCAUUUUACAAUCACCUUUCCUUAUCUCUGUAUAUGAAAGAGAAAAGUAGUAUUAGUUAAGAGUUGAAACUCGGUAUGAUUACGUAGACAUAUGAUCAAAGUAAGUCACACACCACCAACAGGCUAUGAGAGAGCAAAGAAACAAAUUAUAACCUAUAUUUAUAGCAAUGGUACUCAUACCUCAGAUAAUUAUCAGUCAUGUACAUUUCUGUUGAGGCAUCAAUGAAUAUAUAUUAUUGUAUUUCUCUUUGGAAAGUAAAACAAUAUCAACAGUGUAAGCUGGGGAGGAGAGCCAGUAAGAUAUACAUAUUCCAGCUCUUUCUAAACCAUCAGUUGAUUGCAGUUAAUGAAAUAUUAUGUAUAUAUAUUUUUUUUUUGGCAGACAUGAAUUGUCAGAAUGGAAAACAUAUAUAGCAGUCUGCAUCUUGUCAGUCAUAUAGAUGAAAUUCACUUGGCUAUGAGACAUCAUUAAAUCCUAUAUGUGUAGUUUACGAUUUUAUAGUCUAAUCUGAAUAUAAAAACACAUAUAUAUAUAUAUAUAUAUAUAUAUAUAUAUAUAUAUAUAUAUAUAUAUAUAUAUAUAUAUGUAUAUAUAUUAUAUAUAUAUAUAUAUAUAUAUAUAUAUAUAUAUAUAUAUAUAUAUAUAUAUAUAUAUUACACAAUGAGCUUAAGUAAAUAAAAAAAAAAUGUUCCGUUUAAGGAAUGAAAGCAAGUUGCAGGCUGUAUGUUUAGUGUUCUGAAAAGGGGAUCUGUGUACAUAGGUUUUAUCAUUCACCUAAAUAGCUCGUAGGUCUUAAUACUCUGGUGAACAUUAUUUUUACAAAUAAAUCUCAUAAGACAACAAGAGUUUUUAAAAGAGAGAGAGAGAGAUAAAGAAAAGUAUUGUCAAGUGCACUGUGAUUUCCCUGUGUCUGCAAAUCUGUAAAAAAAAAAAAAAAAAAAAAAAGACAAUCUCCUUUGGCAAAGAAUUAUUUCCGCUGAUUAUCUUCGAAAAAGAAGAAAAAAUCUCAAGAUGUAUAUGGUAUCAUAUAUUCUUCUGUGUUUGAACCAUUCCAAUUUAUUAUUUCCUGUGACAUGGUGAUUUAAUAAUAUCACUAUUCUUAUAGACAAAUUUAAAGACUUUUGUAGUUGUCGAUCUUCACAAAUAUAGCAAUAAUGCAGUUGAAGGUUUGCAUGUAGCAAGAAUAAACCUUUUUAUUUAUAGUAGGAAACAGGAUGUCCCAAAAUCAGUGUUUGCAUUAAUCUUCAUAGUGUGGGAUGCAUGUUCAGACCUAUUUAUAUUCACAAUUUUCUAAUAAAAUCCACAGAAUAUCA